AUGCCACAAACUCAAGUUCAAAAACGAAACAAAGUCAAGUUCAAAAACACCACAAACUCAAGUUCAAAAAAAACACAAACUCAAGUUCAACAAACACACAAACUCAAGUUCAAAAACACACAAACACAAGUUCAAAAACACCAAAAACUCAAGUUCAAAGACAAUACAAACUCAAGUUCACCAAACACGCAACUCAAGUUCAACCAAAACCUGAUUCUCAAAUUUAACCUUUUCCACAACCUCAAGUUCAAAAACAACAGAAACUCAAGUUCAAUAAUCACACAAUCUCAAGUUCACCAAACAGAACACAAACUCAAGUUCGAACACGAGACAAACUCAAGUUCAAACACAACACAAACUCAAGUUCAACAAACACACAAACUCAAGAUCAAAAACGACACAAACUCCAGUUCAAACACGGCACAAACUCAAGUUCAACAAACACGCAACUCAAGUUCAACCAACACCUGA